UGUGCCUUUUGUGGGAUUACCUCUUUUACUAAAUACAGUAGCAUUUUCCGAUGGGUGUUAAUGCAAUUAGCAUCAGCCUCGAAGCGUUUAUUCCGAAAUUAGUCUUUCCAAAGUAGUCUUUAAUACAGAACAAAUCGCCGGUAGACGGCUUGCGCCACCGCCUGGUGCUCUCUCGCUGGUGUAGGGUUUCUAGAUCGGAAAUUUCAGUUUCCAACUGCUAAACUCUAGCACUCUCAAUUGCCCUGCAGUGUACGUCCACACUCCACACAGAUAUCUGGAACAUUCGAUUCAGUCCUUUUUCAGUUCACUCACGAUUUUCGUGGAGCUAAUAUUUCGCUAAACAGUUUUGCUACAUGUUGGCCAUGAAUGAAUCUAUGGAUAUUGACAAUCCAGAUGCAAGUAACAGAAGCACAGUCGAGAACAAGGACAAUCCAGCUGCAAGUAACAGAAGCACACCUGAACACAAGGAAAAUGGACUUCACCUCUAUCCAGUGUCUCCAAAUGAUUCAGGUGAAGGUUUGCCAUAUGCUCCUGAAGAUUGGCCUAAUCCUGGUGAUAAGUGGCGCUGGAAGGCAGGGAAACGAAUAGCAGCUUCAGGUUACUUUAUGGAUAGGUACCUGUAUCUACCAAGCCGUCUGGGGAAAAUUGGAAAACCCGGACAGAGGAGGAAUUUUGCUAGCAAGCUCUCAGUUGAACAAUAUGUCCAGUCAAUGUUUCCUGGCACAGAUGUUAAUGCGUUCUUUGCUUCAUUUAGUUGGAAGAUUCCCUCAAAACAGUUUGUGUCAAAAGAAAUUUCAGGGUUUGAGUCUCAUUUCGAACCUGGUGGUUGCAAGGCUGGUAACAAAAUGUGCAGCAGUUUAUCAGAAGCACCUGUUCCUUCUCCUUUGGAAGCCAUGUUUUGUGACAUUUGCUGUAGUGAACCCAGAUUCUGCCGAGAGUGUUGCUGUAUUCUUUGUUGUAAGACUAUUAAUACAGCAGUUGGUGGUUAUCAUUACAUUAGAUGUAAGGCAACAGUGGUUGAUGGUCAUAUUUGUGGACACAUUGCCCAUAUAGACUGUGCUCUUAGAGCUUAUGUGGCUGGAACAGUAGGAGGAAGCAUUGGUCUAGAUGCAGAAUAUUUUUGUCGACGCUGUGAUUCGAGAACAGAUCUUAUUUCACUUGUCAUGAACCUUCUUCAGACCUGUGAAACCAUUGAAUCUCGGGAUGAGAUUGAGAAGAUGUUGAACCUUGCAAUUUGUAUGUUGCGUGGCUCACGGAAAAUGACUGCAAGGCAAUUAUUACGACAUAUUGAAUCAGCCAUGGCAAAGCUUAAGAUGGGAGCUGACUUUGAGCAUGUGUGGAAUAAGGAAGCGUAUAAAGUAGUGACUGGGGAGAGCGCACCACAUAAUGGAAAUGGUAUACUGGAGUUAGCCAUAGAACCACGAGAAAACAAAACUGAUUUACCUGGAAUUUUGUCUUCACAUUUUGACCAUCGAAUUGAAUCACUUCAACUCGAUGAAGAUAUUGAUCAAGUUCUACAGUCGUUGAGAAAGUCACAGGAAUUGGAGUACAACAUUGCGGAAGAAAGGCUCUUUGCACAAAGGAACUAUAUUAUGAAUCUAUAUGAGCAGCUUGACAAGGAAAGGUCCCAACUAGUAAAGCACACAUCGUUAACUGACUCAGAACUGCUGCUCAGUGCGGUUGUGGAGAGGAUAGAGGAGGUGAAGCAGGAAGUUAUGAAACUCGGGGAUAUGAAACAAGUGGAAAGGGGAUUCGGAAGAACUUCAAAGCACAUACUCGAGGAACAUUUUGGUUUAAAAUCUGAACAGUGACAAAUUCCUGCCAAGCCCAGUGUAGGCACACGCUACUUACCCUCGGCCAGCUGCAUAAUUUUCAGGAUAGAAUGUUGAUCAUUCUGUUGUAGUGUUGUAAUAUCAAAGUUCAAAUGUAAGAAAGCAUUUUCCUGUCGCCAUUCCUUUGGAUUAUUCUAAACGUGUAAUCUUAAGAAUGUUCCCACCCCAUCUCAGAAUUGGAGAGAAGGAAAGAAAGAAAUUCAAAGGUUGGUACCAAUUCAAGAUCAGUGAAAUGGGUUAGUUCUUCUUUUGUU